UUUCCGUCCUGUUUUAUUAUAGCGUGCUGAUCCGAGUCCUCACAGGUGUCUACAGAUGUCAAGACGAUGCUCAGAGGCCGCGCGUCCUCGCGUACGACUUGUUGCGAGAAAUCUCGAACGCGAAAUCGUCUCUUAUUCUCUGCGAAGCCAUUACAAGCGUAUGGCCCGCUGUUUUCGCUGUCGAUUCUGAGAUGAAACCUGAGGACUCUGGUUUGUUCCUGGCCAAGUGCAUCCAAGCGAUUCUUUCCACUCACCAAGAGGCGACCAGGACAGAGCAGAUCCCUUUUGGCUUCGCGACGUUUACACAAAAAUGUGGAUGGCCAAGCCUGGAGAGUGCACCUUAUGUGGACGAAGUCGUGAAGGAGUUAAUGGAUGCUGUUCGCGCGCCAAACUUUGCUGAAUUAUGCCGGACAAAGCCUGGCUACGAAUUUUCACUCCGAAAGGGUCUCGAGUUGCUCUUUGUGCAAGGAUACGGCUGGUCCGAGUUCUACAACGAGUUCUUGAGAACAGAUCUUUUCAAGAUGAUGAUCGACGGGGAGCGUUACAGGAUUGCUCUGCCGUUGGUGGCGGCUGUUGCACGUGAAACACGCUUCGACUCUGCAGAUGCGGCAGCGGUUAACACGACGUCCAUCCAGAAAUUCUUGGAGGCGAUCUUGGAUUCUGACGCCAAGACGGAUCAUCAGGCGGAAGCGGCCCUGGCGGUGGUGGUGAUGAGCAAUGGCCGAGCGUCGCGGUUGACGAAGGUGCGAGAAUGGGUGGGGGCUCUCGGGGAUGAGGUUCGACCCAAGCUGCCGUCGUUGCUCCAGAGGGCUCUCUUCUAAACGCGGUUGUUACUUCGCCUGUGUUUCUCACAUCAUUAUUUUUUACGGCACAUUAUUAUUCCUAUUGCAUAUUAUCAUUUCCUUUAUUCUCUUGCUUACCUGUUAUCUUUUCUUUUGCAUAUUUUAUUAAUGCUUGCGGUGUUAGCCCUCUCCUUCUCUCUUCUCUCCCCCUUAUUUGUAAACCGGUACAAUCGGUUUGUAUGAAAUAAAAUCCAAGUCCUUUGGGUUGUUUUGAAGAUUAAAUUCAAUACAAGAAAACGAGGAUCGACUAUGCUGUGGCUAUGCCUUUUGUCACACGAUAUGAAGAGGCCAUACAGAGGAGGCGGUAAUAGGUUAUGUAAACAAACCCGCGCCAAGACGCGUUCAAAGAUGACAGGUAAAUAAAUACACGCAUGAUCGAAAGUGUUAGAAAAAGACUCACAAGGCAAGUGUCAUAGCCGAUAUACCGCGGUAGUCA